AUGCAGGCUUACUAUCCAGAGCGUUUAGCAAAGUGUUUCAUACUAAAUAUGCCACAGUUUUUCGUGAGUGUUUGGAGAGUGGUAUGCCGAUUCCUUGAGAAAGCGACGCUAGAGAAGAUCGUAAUUGUGAGCAAUGAAGAUGAAAUGAGGGAGUUUGUCAGGGAAAUUGGUGAAGAGGCCUUACCAGCGGAGUAUGGCGGGCGAGCAAUGCUCGUGGCUCUUCAAGACGUUGUACUUACCCCAUUGGUAACUCAAUAG